AUGACACAACCAGUGUUACUUUUCAACAAAAAUCUUGGAGAAGAAUGGAAAUCUACCGCGGAUGAAAUGAAGAAAAAAGAAGAAUGGCGCGUAAGAUACCUUGAGAGCACUCGAUCAACACCAGGAGUAGACCUCACAUUUCCAAAGUCAAAUGUCACGUUUCUUUGUCUCUCGUACAAGGAUUGGGAAUCAUUAAACUCUGAUAGUCAAGAACAGGAUUUGAUCCAGAAAUUAAUUAAAAGGAUUCAACUUUGCAAUCAACGGUAUCGCAAGGUUUACCUCUUGAUCUAUCUUGCAUAUGGAAAUAUGCAACCGUUGUAUGAGAUUCAAAGUCGGUUACUCGCAUCUUUCACGAUGAUAAAGAUCCUUCCGGUUCAUAAUACACAUGAAGUUAUCGAUUUCAUUGGAAAAAUCUCGGAUAUACUUCAUCCAGACACUCAACCGGAAAUUCAGCAACAACUAGCAAAAUGCAAAGAACAAAGCGCCAAUGAUCCAAUAAACUUGAUUACUACCAACAAAUGGGUGCAUCUUGUUGCUCAAAUGUCUGCUGGAACGGAAAAGUUACGAUUACACGAUUGUUAUGUCCUUCAGGAAGGUCUUCAGACAAUUUAUAACAUCGCCACUGCUACUGAGUCGCAGUUGCUGGAUUGUUCGUUAGAUCAUGAGACUGCCCAAAAUAUUACAAAGUUUUUUAGAGAGGAUUACUUGGCAUAA